CAAGAGGAAGCUCGUGAAGCACAAGCUUGAGAACAAUGAGGUUUCCUGGGGGAGGUGGCAGCCUGUGACGUAGGAACCGGAACUGGUUAGACCACGUUUAUACAGAGAGGAGAAGAACCAGUUAAGGAAAGUAAAUAACAGCUUUGAACUCCUGAUGAACUGCCAGUGUGCAUGAGGAGCAGCGUGAGGAGAGACAGUGUGCAGACAUGGAGCUCGGCUCUACACUCAGUGCUGUGAGGAGUACGAGGGUUCUGAUCGGCGACCGACUCUGUCCUGCUGUCGUCACCAUGAGGGGAGGAAAAAUCCAUGAAAUCCUCCCAGAGAGCAACUGUUCUGUGACGGCUCACACUGAGGUGCUGGACGUGGGCGACAGCGUGGUGAUGCCUGGAGUCGUGGAUUGUCACGUCCACGUGAAUGAACCGGGUCGCACCAGCUGGGAGGGUUUCUGGACGGCCACCAGAGCUGCUGCAGCCGGAGGGGUCACUACCAUCGUGGACAUGCCACUAAACAGUGUCCCUCCAACCACCACACUCGAUCACUUCCAUGAGAAGCUGCAGGAGGCCACAGGAAAGUGUUUUGUGGACACAGCUUUCUGGGGAGGUGUAAUUCCAGGAAAUCAGCCGGAGCUGCGGCCCAUGAUCCACGCUGGCGUGGCGGGCUUCAAAUGUUUCCUCAUCCACAGCGGAGUGGAGGAGUUUCCACACGUGACUGACAGUGAUCUACACGCAGCCAUGAAGCAGCUGCAGGGGACAGGAAGUGUCCUGCUGUUCCACGCAGAGUUGGAUGUUGAACCAAAACCAGAGGAAACUGCAGACCCUCGUCAGUACUCGACCUUCCUUCAGUCCAGGCCUGACGUCAUGGAGAUGGAGGCUAUUCGCACGGUGACAGAUCUCUGCCUGCAGUACCAGGUCCGCUGCCACAUAGUUCACCUAUCAUCCGCGAAGCCGCUGACUCUGAUCCAGAGGGCCCGACAGGCCGGAGCCCCGCUGACCGUGGAGACGACCCACCACUACCUGAGCCUGAGUGCCGAGGACAUUCCUGCAGGAGCCACACACUUCAAGUGCUGCCCCCCCAUCAGAGGAGCUGAGAACAGGGAGCUGCUGUGGUCAGCACUGAGAGACGGCCACAUCGACAUGGUGGUGUCCGAUCACUCUCCCUGCACGCCUGAUCUGAAGAACAUGGAGAGUGGAGACUUCACUCAGGCCUGGGGAGGAAUCUCUUCACUGCAGUUUGGGUUACCUCUGUUCUGGAGUUCAGCCAGUAAGCGAGGCUUCCAGCUGUCAGAUGUGGUGAGACUCCUGAGCCAGGAGAGCGCUCGGCUGUGCGGCCUGGACCAGCACAAGGGCCGCCUCAGCCCCGGCUAUGACGCCGACCUGGUGGUGUGGGACCCAGAGAGAGAGUUUGAGAUUUCAGAAGCCGACAUACAUCAUAAAAACAAGAUAACGCCGUAUCUUGGCAUGAGGCUGCGAGGAUCUGUGCUCUCUCUGACUUUUCAGCUGCAUUUUCAGCGUUCACUGCCUUUGCCAGGAGGAAAUCUCUGA